GAAUUCUAUACUUAUUCGGUUAAAUCAAGCUGGGAUCACCGAACCACCAGCUAUUAACCGGUAAGCGAUGAUGUCUUCAUUAACAAGAACAGCGUCCCGUCGCGUGGGCGGUAGUAGCCUAGCGAACUACACUCGUAUCCCAUGCCAGAUGGAGGAGUAGAGAAAAAGAAGAGGAAAAAAAAAUAGGAAAGAAAAAAAAGGAGGAGGAAACAAUACGAUGAGGUUCUCGUCUCUGAAUGCUCACGUGGCGCUCUUGGCGGUUGUGGCUUCAUCCGCAGCGGUGCAGGCCAGUAAUUCCACCUAUUACAAUCCCGUGCUGCCGGGUUGGCACUCGGAUCCGUCGUGCACGCAGGUCGACGGGACAUUCUUCUGCGUGACGUCUACUUUCAUCUCCUUCCCGGGGCUUCCCAUAUACGCGUCCAAGGACCUGAUAAACUGGAAGCUGAUCAGCCAUGCGUGGAACCGCGAGAGCCAGCUCCCCGGCAUCAGCUGGAACACCACCGACCAGCAGCAGGGCAUGUACGCGGCGACCAUCCGCCACCGCGACGACCAGUUCUACGUUAUCUGCGAGUACCUCGGUAUGCCGCAGGGGAAUAUAGGCGUGUUGUUCAAGUCGCGCGAUCCCUUUACCGAUGAAGCCUGGAGCGAUCCUGUUACUUUCCACGCAGAUAAGAUCGAUCCGGACUUGUUUUGGGACGACGACGGCAGGGCCUACGUGGCGACGCAGGGCAUUAUCCUCCAGGAGAUCGACCUCGACACCGGCGAAGUCAGCCAACCGCCUACCAGUCUCUGGAACGGGACAGGAGGUGUAUGGCCCGAAGGCCCGCAUCUGUAUAGGAAGGAUGGCUGGUAUUAUUUGAUGAUUGCCGAGGGCGGUACCGACAUGGACCAUUCCAUCACCAUCGCUCGAUCCCGUCGUCUAACCGGGCCCUACGAAGCUUACGCGAACAACCCUAUCCUAACGAACCGCGGCACCGACGAGUACUUCCAGACCGUGGGCCACGGCGACUUAUUCCAAGACGCCGACGGAAACUGGUGGGGCAUGGCUCUAGCCACGCGCUCGGGACCCCAACGCGAGAUCUUCCCGAUGGGUCGCGAAACAGUGCUCUUCCCCGUGACGUGGGAAGAAGGCGAAUGGCCCGUCCUGCAGCCGGUCCGCGGCAAGAUGACCGGGCGGGCCUUACCCCCUCCCAACCGCGCCGUCCCCGGAAACGGCCCCUUCAACUCCGACCCGGACGUGUACGAUUUCGAGGAAGGCACUGCCAUCUCGCGGAACCUGGUGCACUGGCGCGUGCCGCGGGCCGGCGCGUUCUCCGUCACGAGCCGCGGCCUGAAAAUCGUGCCCAGCCGCAACAAUCUCACCGGCACGCCCUCCUCCUCCUCCUCAGCUUCCCCCGAGCUCAGCGGCCAGCAGGGCCUAUCUUUCAUCGGCCGCCGACAGACCGACACGCUGUUCGGCUUCAGCGUGGACCUGGCGUUCGCCCCGCGACACGUCGGCCAGGAGGCCGGCGUCACCGUGUUCCUCACGCAGCUCGCCCACGUCGACCUCGGCGUCGUGCUCUUGCCCGGUAGCAGCUCGGAUCCGACCUGCGCGUCGCGACACAAGCGUGACGGGGCUAAGGCACAGCCGCAGUUAGCGCUUCGGUUCCGGGCCGAGGGUGCGGGUGCGGGUGCGGGGAACCUCGCCUCGCCGCGGACCGUUGGCGUGCCGGCGGAGUGGUUCGAUGGUGGCGAUGGUGGCGGCAAGGGCUCUAUCAGGCUUUUCAUCGAGACGGCGAACGCGACGCACUACCGGCUCUCCGCCGCGGCGGCCGCGGACCCGGAGGUCAGGAUCGGCGUUGGCACGGCGUCCGCGGGGCUAGUGAGCGGUGGCAGCGGGUCUUUUGUGGGAAGCUUGGUUGGCGCGUACGCGACGUGCAACGGGGCCGGGGUGGGUGUGGCGUGUCCGGAAGGAGGGGAGGCGUAUUUUACGCGCUGGAGGUAUGCGGGCGCGGGCCAGUACGUCUCGGAGACGGAGGUGGUGUAGAUGGAUAGUUUGGCUUAUCCUGGCUCCGGUAGAGUUGAGUUCCAACGUAAUUUUAGCUGGCCGUUUGCCACUUACAAACGAAGUGGCUACCACUCUGGAGACCUUAAAGACGAGCUUUUCCAGCGUUAUGAUACGUGCUAUUGAAAUAGACAAAGGAUCUAUUGUAUCUGCUUGCGUAGAUCUCGCGUAAGAUUCUCUAGGACGAGAGUUUGAGUUAGGAAGCUAGCGAAGCCAACUAUUGAAUACUCUUAUAUCAACAAUUGUCUCUUGUCCAUUUGAGGCUGUAUCCCAUACCACAUACCUUUUGGCUCGACGAUAUUCGCUUAGCCACUGUUGUUUUCCUGUCAAGCUUCCAAUGACCUAAACUUAAUAAGAUGCUUUAACUUAAAAGCAAAGUUUAUAUUAUAGAUACCGCAUAGGCAUCUUAAU